AUGGACAACCCCCCCAAUGCCGUUGAUGAGGUGUCCAGUAGCCCAGCCCCAGCCCCAGUAGAAGACCUAGUCUCCCCUACGGAAUACCCUGUGGAUGUCCCCGUCGACUCAACCAAAGACGAUGCAGAACUGUCAGACAGUCCCAAGAAGAAAGAUGAAAAGGACGAUUCCAAAACGAAGGAACAGCUAUGGGCAGAAGAGCAAGAGCAGAUUCCCAAAGUCGUCGACGUCAAAUGGCUCGACUUCGAACAUUUCAAGAACCGGUACAACCCAAAGGAGGGUUUUGAGAUCAUCGAAGUGCUCCGAGGCCACAAACAGCUCCCCAACGAGAUCAUGAAAGAAGAAAAGCAGCGAAGACCCGUGAAGAAUCGAAACGCUAGGUCGGUGACGUCUAAGGUCCAUUCUGGGUCUACUUGGGUUCAACGUGUUCGGAUACAGUCGCCACCGAUUGUUCUUUUGCUGUCACGUCUCACUGGUCACGACGAUACUUGGAGUAUCCACAAACCUCAAGUAUUUUUCCGCCCUUUCCGGACGUUCUAUUACUUCCUGCCGCAAGUGAAGAAGUGCCUCAAAAUUCUCGAGAAGAGAUGGGGAAAGGCUAAUGUAGAGGGAAGCGUUGAAAAAGCAAUAGCCGUUGAAAGGACACAAGCCAAACUUGACGUGGAAAUCAAGGCCGAGCGUUUGAUCGAGGAGGACGCCAAUGAAAACGAUACUAGGGACAUCUCCGACCCCGAAAGCGAGGAUGGUUUUGUACUGAAUGAUAAUGUCGGACCCAUGGAUCCGGAGGAUGCCAUCGCUGGAGAGAUCACAGACUCCGUCAUUGCGCUCCGACAUCUUAAAAAGUACGUUCAGUUCGUGGAAGAGAAUAUUAUGCCGGAUUGGGAGAAAGCUGCAACCAAUACUCACCGUCGGGUUCGCUUCUUGGAUCUAUAUAUGUACUUCCAACCUGGCGAGCUUCUCUACGUUCCUCCAAAAUCGAAUUCAUUGAAGCAAGACGGGGUCAAGAUGUAUCAAACUGCGUGGAGACUUUACAGCAAGACGCUCGAUACAGUGCUGGAUGAUAAUCCCGAUGACUUUCAGCCUAUUGGGCAGCCGCGUGCCAAUCUUGAACGCACAUGGCAAAUUGAAUACUACGAAGGCGAACAGGACAUUACGACACUCGAAAUUUAUCCAAUGCGAUUUCUCAAGGACUGCGACAAGAUGAAAACCGAACUUCAUGCUCAGGGAAUAGCAUUUCAGAGGGUAAUAAGAAAAAGGCAUCUCUACUACGACGGCUGA